CAACGAUGCCUUUUGUAAUGUCGCGGCACACUGUGCAACGUGACGUCAUCAUGCACAUUGCCGCACACUUCACAUCGCUCAAGUCACGUGCGCGUCCCUCACGUCCCAGACGUUCCGCGUGUUCCCUACGUCACGCCGCCGUCGUCGCUGCCGUCGUUGUCGUCGUCGUCGUCGUCGUCGUCAUCGUCGUCGCCGCAUGCCGUCGCCGCGCGGCCGUAGCGCUCUCGCGGCAGUCGCGCUCGUCUGCGAUGAGUUUAGUUUUGAAAACAAAGGGCCACCCGCCGUUUACCGUGGUGCGUCGUCGUCGCCGCCGUCAUCACACGGCUCGCGCGUAAGAAAAGCGGAAGCGCUCGGUUCGCAAGCGCGGCGCAGAGACGGCAGACGAGGAUUAAACACCGCGAGCCGCGGGACAAGUCGUGUGUGUAUACGAUUUAACGACGGGUCCUUCCGUCCCCGCUUCGUUCAGCUGUUUGUUCGUACGUCCGUCCAUCCGUUCCUGUCUCUCUUUCUCCCUUAUUCCCUCUUCCUCUGCAUAAAGAUAUUUAUCUCGAUUAUCUCCUUUCUCGCUCUCUCUCUCUCCCCCGACCGUCCUCGAACUCCUCGUGACGAGCUGUCCCUUCGUAUCAUUGUUGGAAACGUAAUCACAACACAAAAAAAUGGACGCACUUCGGGAGCAGGUGAUGAUCAAUCAGUUUGUGUUGGCCGCGGGCUGUGCCAGGGAGCAGGCGAAGCAAUUGCUGCAAGCGGCGCAUUGGCAAUUCGAGACCGCUCUCAGUAUUUUCUUCCAAGAGGCGGCGAUACCCUCCUGUGCGCAAGGAGCCGGCACCCACUUCGGCCAAAUAACACCAUGCAACACACCUGCCACUCCGCCGAAUUUCCCGGACGCGUUGUUGGCGUUUUCCAAAAUGUCUGCGGGCGAAAAAACUCCAUCGGGAAUGUCUCCGAGCCAAAAUGGAUUUCAGGUAAAUUCGACACCGAUGGCGAGCAUCGUGCAGCAUCAUACUGCCGGUGGCCGGUGUAGUGCAUCCGGCAACACGACACAACAACAGACACAAUCCCAACAAACGCAAUUCGGCCUGGGUGAGCCGCAGAGAUAAAAAUGACUGUGCUAAUUGGCGAUGCGCGAGCACGAAACGUCACGUAGAUGCGCGCGAUAACGUUUCCGGAUUAACAAAAUAAUGCGCUCUAAACAUGGAUAGAGAGAGUGCGAAAAGGAGAAAGAGAGGGAAAGAAAGAGAGAGAAAGAAGUGAAAAAUAUAUAUACACGAAAGGGAGGAGACUCUCUGUUUUCUGAGAGAUAAUACGUCCUUCCCAGAAGAGAACAAAGAAAAUUCGCGAGCAAGAUUGUAAUAGCUGUACGGAUAUCUUUUGCAAAUUGGAACUGAAUUGCUAUUGAAUCGCUACGUUAUUUACGCACAAUAAGCGUGCAUAUUGUGUUACGUGCGUACUCGCGAAUAAGUCCGAAUGUUGAUUUCCCUGAUGACGCUCGAGAGUGUGACAUGUAUUUCGAUUGCUAGAUUUCCUUUUCGGUUUCCUCGAAAGAUCUAGCAUUAGAGUGGCACGUUGAGUAGUCUGCUAUAUAUACGUAUAUGGCCGGCACGAAACACGAGUGAGGGAGAAUGAUAAAAAUCAUAUCGAAAGCCUUUUUUUCUGACACGUCGGGACCAUUUUGUAGGUUCAAAACGGUCGAAGACAUUGAUAAUUUGGAAUCGCAUUCGUACUGUGAGGACGACUCCUUCACUCAAAUCUGACUUCCUUAUUUCCCUAGAUACUAUAGACACGUGACUGUUUCUCAGAUUCACCGUACGUCACCGUUAGACUAGGCGAAUGAAUUUCCGCUAUCACUUUCACAUCACAAGUACAAAAGAGUUGCGAGGUACAGUUUCCUCGGUUACUUGAAAACUUACUUUAUCGCACCUUUUUGCGGAAGGCAACGGGAGAAUGUACGUAUCUUUAAUGUAGAUGGAAAACAACAUCGCUAUUGCACGAUGACUUCGCAGACAUUUAAUCGUGGAGCUCGAGUGUUUUAUUACGAUCCUUUCGCUGUUCUCUUAAAAUAGUGAUGCUUGCAGUACGCGUUUACUCGCGCGACGCGUGCCGUUUCCAUAUACAUAAGCGAUAUUUCGAUGGUAUAAAUAUACGAGGCUAAGUAUAUAUAAUAAUAAACGAAGCUCUAACGUGUAAAAAUUUGUAAAAAGAGUUAUUCCAAGUUAUGUAACGUUCGUUUUACAUAAUAAAUAACUAUGUAAAAAGUAAGUAAAAUAAAAUCAAGGAAGAUCUCGCGAGUAAUAAGGGUGAUAAUAGUCUGAAGAAUUAAUUCAGGAAACAAUACAUGUGCCCGGUGAAUAUGAGCGGUGAGGAUUCUUGAUUCGAUUAUUUCGGCUCGCGCGAAUGUAUUUGAGAUUACUGCCUGGUUUUACGCAGCACCAGACUUCACGAUGUUCACAAAAGAAUGCUCUUAUAUGGCAGCUGGCAAUAUGCGAUUCUGAUAUCAUAGUAUAUCAAUAUCCGAAUAUAUGGAACUCUGUAUCUUUCAUUAUAUUUCUCGUAACACAUACAUGGACAAUUGUUCGUACUAUAGAUACAUUUGUUUUCAUUAAGAUUCUAUUUAUUCGAUGUAGCAAGCGAAUUUAGUUCUUCACUGCUUUUUAGAAACCUGUCUCUAGUUUAAGGCUCCCGUUCCUUCGCUGCAACCUCAUUGAAUUAUGACAUCGGAAAUGAGAAAUUAUUAAUUUUUUCUUACACCAAAUUUUUUUCUUAGUCCUUUCGUCUUCCAUUAUUCGCGAUAUUGUAAAUUAAUAAAAUAUCCUGAAAAAAAAUUCUUUUUAUUAUAUAUUAUUAUUUUGAGUUAAGAUUGUACAAUAAAUGCAAUAUGAAUGUAUCUUUUCUAUCGAAAAUGACCUUUAUAGAGACAUAUAUAUGUGCAGUUGAUUUUUAAAACGAAAAGUCUAAUUAUAUUUUAUCAAACGUGUGUGGAAGAACUAAUCUAUUUCCAUGACGUAGAAAAAAAUAAUCUCAUGAUUCCUCGUCGUUGAUAUCGUAAUUCAAUAUGGUUAUAGUACGAUAAUAGGAUCCUUGACAUAAAAUAACUAACAGAAUUCUUUAUUCUUUAUAUUCUCAAUAUAUCUGACAACAAAAUGUCUUUACAGAUGUAAUACGGUCUAUUUGAUCUUUUUAUUUGUAGUCAAUAAUAGUCUCGAUUUUAAUAAAAAUUAAUAGUUCAAGUUUGAUAA